GCAAGUACUCCUUGUUGUUUUUUUUCAGAACCUCAGUUGAUUUACUCUCGUCCUUGCAGGAUCAGGACCCAAGUCAUCUUAGUUAGUGAUAAAGCUAUGUGUUAUAAAACCUCAGGGGUGCUGUUAGCAGCACAGUAACUACCACUUAAAACCUCUUGGCUCUCUUACUGUAGAUUGCAUCUCAACUCACCAAUGCCCUCAUGUGGAACAAUGACCUAAAUGACACAAUACGAUUAUUAUUUUUGUUGAAAUAUUUUCAUAAAUGCAAGGUAAAUAGAUACCUCUGUUCAAGGUGGUAAUAUGCAUCAGUCAUUGCCUACCUAUCUCUUUGUAAUUCCUGUUUUUAAAACUGAAGACACAGCUGUGCCAUGAAAGAUACAAAUCUAUAAAGACUGCAGCUACUCAGAGUUAGCUCUGUUGGAUAGCAUUGUAUUAUUUUUUCUGUUGUGCAGCUCUGUAUCAUACUGAUUUAUGCCUUUAGAUUGUAAUAGUUUAAUUUUUAAGGUGCUGCGUACCCACAACUCUCAUUGACUUCAAGUGAAGCGGGUUUAAUGAUUCUUUUAGGUUCCUCUCUCAUGAAACCUGUUUUGUGAUAUGGCAUUUUUUUAUGUACAUAAUUUACAAGAAUAGAAGGGAAAGGACACCAAGAUAUUACGAGGCUUAUAAAUUUAGAUCCGAUUUGAAAGACAUGCCUUCUGAUGAGGAAGUUGUGUGUUCUGUGGGGUUUCUGUAUAAACUGGGGCCCUCCUCUUGUAAGCUGUUCCACGUGGGUGAAUUCUACAUGCCUGUGCAAAACCCCAAUGAAAGUGCGGCGUUUGCCCACCCAGAACAACUUACAGGAUUUGGGUGUGGCUGAGCAUGUUGCGGAGUCUAUAGGGGAAACUGCCUGCGCUUUGUGACGUCCACUACAGUGUUCUAGUGAUGUCACUGGAUGUAAUUCAUUUUCAAAAUGUGCUUUUAGCAUCUUGAGUCCCACGUGACAACCCAAAGACCUUCCAUAAAGGCCAAAUCCAGGAACUCAUUGCCCAGCCCAGUCAGAAAGCCCUGCUUACAUGGGCUCUGUGUUCUUCUGGGGGCACUUACCCCUGGGGUAACUCCUAAAUCUAGCCCCCUCUCCUGAUGCAGUGGCAUCACACCAGCACCACUGCUAGGGGAAUCUCCAUGAAGGGGGCAGUUGGGUUUGCUCUUUAAACCAAAAUGUAGAUUUAUUUUGGUUUUGAUUUUACAUUUAGAAUUUUAGACCAAAAAUCACAGUGUGCUAAAUAUGGGAUCUUUUUGGGGUUCCAGGAGGACUGGUUGGCAACAAGGGAUAGACAAUUGGAAUGCAUUCGCAGAGGAAAGGACAAAUGACUACACUUCUGACACACCCCACACUGCAUGCAUUUGGUCUUGCAUUUAUUUUCAGACUGUUGUCUGUUUGGCACUACCCUCUAUCUAUAUAGUGCUAUGCAUAUUUAAGCCCUGAUCCUGGAAAACACUUUUGCCUGUGGGCAGUAACACUGAAAUCAAUUGGGACUACUUACAUGCUUAAAGAUUGCCGAAACUACAUCCUCCUCCUUCAUAAGAUAAAUGACACUAACUUAUAUGUUUGUGGAACCAAUGCAUUUUACCCAGCUUGUGAUUACAUGGUCAUCAACAGUACCGAUAUUCAUCUGCAAGGGAAAGCUGAAGAAAGCAGAGGAAGAUGUCCUUUUGAACCUACUCUGAAGUAUGCUUCUCUGUUAGUUGAUGGUGCAUUUUAUUCAGCCACUUCAAACAACUUCUUGGGCACUGAGCCUAUUCUACUUCGCAGUUUGAGAAACCAUCUAAGGACAGAGUUUAAAGCAUCUUGGCUAAAUGAGCCCAGCUUUGUCUAUAUGGAUAUAGUGCGGGAAAGUGAAUCUAAUCCAGAUGGAGAUGAUGAUAAAAUUUAUGUGUUCUUCACUGAAACAGCUGUUGAAUUUGAAUUCUAUGACAAACUCCUGGUGUCAAGAAUUGCUCGUGUCUGCAAAGGUGAUCUUGGUGGAAAACGCAUAUUGCAAAAAAGAUGGACGUCAUUUUUAAAAUCCAGACUUAUCUGUUCCGUUCCAGAAUCAAAUUUCCAGUUUAAUAUUGUUCAGGAUGUCUUUUUACUUAAGAGAGCAGACUGGCGGGAAAGCAUGUUUUAUGGGAUUUUUACUCAACAAUGGGGAAGGUUGGAUAUUUCUGCCGUUUGUGCAUUCAGUAUGAAAACUGUCCAAGAAGUCUUCGCCAAAGGAAACUAUAAAGGCCCAGUGACUGUGGAACAUUCCCAUGUUAAAUGGAUGGUGUUCAGGGGAGAAGUGCCACUCCCACGUCCCGGAGCUUGCAUUGAUAAUUUUGCCCGGAGUAUUGGAUACAACACUUCUCUUGAUUUGCCUGAUAAAAUUCUGCAGUUUGUUAGAGACCACCCUUUAAUGGAUAAUGCUGUAAAUCCAAUUGGUGAUAGGCCUGUGCUACUGAAAAGAGGUUCAAAUUACACCACGAUUGUAGUAGACAGAAUCACUGGCCUAGAUAAAAAACCAUAUGAUGUUCUGUUUAUAGGAACAGAUAAUGGAUAUUUGCAUAAAGCUCUCAACUGCGACGGGGAAAUGUUCAUUAUUGAGGAGAUACAGCUGUUUCAGUCCCCAGAGCCUGUACAGUCUCUUAAACUGUCUUCCAAAAAGGGCCUGCUGUAUGUAGGGUCUCCAUCCCAAGUGGUACAACUCCCUGUUUCAGUAUGCAGCCGAUAUAAACACUGCUUGGAUUGUGUUUUGGCAAGGGAUCCUUAUUGUGCGUGGUCUGAGUCUUUUGAGAAGUGUUCUCCAGUGGCUAAUCAAACAGGAAACUUGCAGGAUUUAAUUCAGAGUGUUAAAAAUGGUGAUGCUUCCAAAUGUCCUAAAAUAGGAAAUAAUGUCAAAAACUGUCCCGUUAGCAUUGGCAACAGUGUUCAUCUUAAAUGCGCGCCCAUGUCCAACCUGGCUAGGAUGGUGUGGAAGUUUAAUGGGAGCAGUCUUCAGGCAGAAGAUUCUAAAUACCUACUUUAUGAUGGAGGAAUAGUCAUAUUUAAUGUGACAGUGGCUGAUGCUGGAUUUUAUGACUGUCAUUCUGUAGAGAGCGCUAAUGGGAAAGAAUUCCCUGUUACUGUGGCUAGCUACGUUCUUUAUACCCAACAGGACAGCGUUUUCAUUAUUACUAAGAAUUACACCACAAAUCAACCAAAUGCAGACACAACUCUGAAGGUUAAAUCUUUGGUAUCAUCUUCCUUGCUGAAUGACCCAGCAAAACAAAAAUCCCUGGAAGACCAAAAAGAGAAGCUUAUUUUAAAAUUCUUGGGAGCUGGAUUUGCACUCCUUUUUUCUUCCUUGCUGGUUUGGAACUUUUCCAAAGGCCAUCUGUCUGUGCCUUGGAAGAGCAGAGAAAAAAGCUCAAAAACAGCGAAUGCAGAUUGUUUGCCAGGUCCAACAUUGGCUACAGAGGGGUCGGACGCUAUGAGGAAAAGUUCAGCCACGCGAACAAACACCUCCACUGUUAAUGAAUCAGUACCACUUGUGAGCUUUCCUUCAGAAGAGGAACGCAGCGCUAAUAUACAACACAACACAAGUUCACAAAGAGAUCUGGCACUUGCAGCUCACAAAGCUGUUUGGUUGAGGAUGAGACGAUGUUUCCUAUUGAGGAAUGUGGAAUGUAAAGUUUGAGUAGGAAUCACAAGCCCAAAAUCUAGUGAGCCAAGCUGCUAAACAUACAUUCAUUUUCAGUUGCUGCUUUUGAAAAAGAUUGUUACAUCAGUUUUUGGUAUUUGUUUAACAUGUGUUGCAAGAAUAAACGUUUGUUAAAAGUUGGUAUUGAGCUCCUUUUCUGUAACACUGUGUGUUGCUGCACCAUUAUAGACAUUAAAACUUCAGGAGCUGUUAAUAAUCUUCAGCACUUAAAUAGUGCUUUUCACCUUCAGAGGGUGUCUAUUUACUCUACAAAUACCACCUUAUUAAGUCUUCCAAUGUCCCUGUGUAGGUAUUAUCCCCAUUGUACAAAUGAGAUUAAAGGACAUGCUCAUGGCCACAAAUGGAAUCGGUGUCAGAGCCGUGGAUUAGCGAUUAGAAAUUCCUGACUAAUCUUCCUGUGCUCACACCACUGACCACGAAGCCUCCAUCUUUCUCUCUCUCUCUCUCUUCUUAGGUCUUUAAAUCUUCAAGGCAUUGUACACACAUUAAUCUAAGUUCCUAAAGUAUUGUAAAGAAGGUCAUUAAAAGGUAUCUCUCUCUGUCCCAAACAGCCUCAUGCCCCAGUUCACGUACUGCAUAACUGAUGCAAAUGUAUUACCUCAGAGCAUGGCCAAAAUCCAGGUACCAUAACCCUGUUUGUUAAAUAUCUUUGAAUACCCUAUAUAUUCGCCUGAAACAGUCUCCAUCUCCUCCUUGGAGAGCAGCCUAGGUUCUCCACACUGAAGUCCCCAAACAAAGAGCUGUUCUGCCUCUCUCCAUGUCUAGUGCCAGAGGCAUGCAGAGAGUGAGUGGAUUCCACUGCUUUCUUCUCUCCUCUCCCAAACAUGUACAGUUUGCUUUCUCCAGUUCUCAAGUAGCCUUAGAAGCAGAAGUUUCCAGGCCUGCUUUGAACCUGACUCUCCUGGCCAGAAGCACUUUUCUGCCACACCACCACAUUUGCUUUAAAAAGAUAAUUGAAAAAGAUGCUUAGAAACCAGGGUGAUGAGCGCAGUAUAAUGAUCGAUAGAGAAAAGACCAAAUCAGUUGUUGUUUAAUGUUUCCUUCACACUGUGGGUUAAAGUGUUUUUACACUAAAGUAGAGUGCCAAUCUCUCCUUUUGAAUCCAUCUUUUAUUCCUUAAACUGUGUGCUUUAUAAUAAGGGCCUCUUGUAUAUCGUUAUGUGCAAAUGCCACACAAAUUGUGGCUUCUGUUGAAACAUACUAAACACUCAGCAAUGUUCAUGU